GUGCCCGCGCUGCCCGCGCCCCCAAGGUGCUCUGGCCUCCCUAACGAGCACUCUCGAUUCCAUAGCGCCUCCUUCAAGAGCCACGGCUACUGCCUGUCCCAAGCCCUGCGCUUCGCUGUGGAGGAGAUCAACAACUCCACCACGCUGCUCCCUAAUGUCACCCUGGGCUACGAAAUCUAUGAUACCUGCUCUGAGCCUACCAACUUCCACGCCACGCUGUGUGCCCUUGCUCAAAAGGGCAGGCAGGAUGUCCAGGUGCUCCCCAGUUUCCAACACUAUGAACCCCAGGCUGUGGCUGUCAUUGGCCCUGACAGCACCCAGCUGGCCCUCACCACAGCCGCAGUUCUCAGCCUCUUUCUUGUACCACAGAUCAGCUACGAAGCCUCCAUGGAGUUGCUGAGCCUGAAGCGGCUGUACCCCUCUUUCCUGCGCACCAUCCCCAGCGACAGGCAGCAGGUGAAGGCCAUCUUCUUGCUGCUGCAGCACUUUGGCUGGACCUGGGUGGCACUGCUGGGCAGUGACAACAUCUAUAGCAGGGCUGGCCUGAAUGCCCUGCAGGAGCUGCUGACCGCAAGCAACGCGUGCGUGGCCUACCGAGGCACCAUCCCCGCCAACUCGGACGCCAGCAACCCAGAGCUUCACAACCUGGUCCGAAUCCUCACAGAUGUCAAGGUCAAUGUCACUGUUGUGUUCUCCAACAGAGGAAGCGUUCUGCCGUUCUUCGAGGUGGUGGUCCAGAGGAAUGUCACGGGCAUGGUGUGGGUGGCCUCUGAAGACUGGUCGUUGGCUCAAACUAUCUGGCGGGUUCCUGGCAUCCAGACCAUCGGUUCGGUGUUGGGGAUGGCAGUAGAGAAGCCAGAGCCCACAAUGCUGGAACGCUUUGAAGCUUGGAGGAUGUGGGAGGAAGGUGCUGUGGCUGAGUGUGCCAGCAGUGCAGAGGCAGGCAGGGGAUCUGUGGGGAAUGCACGGCUGGACUGCACCCAGCGCUGCACCGGCUGCCGUGCGCUCGCCACUGUCCCCGACAUGUAUGACGCUCAAGGCUCCUUCAGCGUGUACUCGGCCGUGUAUGCUGUGGCCCAUGGCCUCCAUGACCUGCUGGGCUGUGCCUCGGGGGCCUGCAGCAAAGGCACUGUCUAUCCCUGGCAGCUCCUACAAAAGAUUAGGCAAGUAAACUUCACGCUGUACAAGAGCCGAAUCUCUUUCGAUGCCCACGGGGACAUUCAAAAAGGUUAUGACAUUGUCAUGUGGAAGUGGCUGGGCCCAAAUUGGGCUUCUGAUGUGAUAGGAACCUUCCGUGUGAACCCUGACAGGCUGAGCAUCGACCCAGGCAAAAUCCUGUGGCACACAGAAGAUGGCCAGGCUCCCAGCUCAGUGUGCUCUGAGGCCUGUGAGCCAGGAGAGAUGCGGCUGCAGCAGAGUCGCCACAAAUGCUGCUUCAGCUGUGUGGUCUGCCCACCAGGAACCUUCCUGAACACAUCGGGUCAGUACACCACAGGGCUUGCUCCUGCCCUUUCCUCCCCUGCCCACAUCCUACCACCUGCUCCUGUCUCACCAUUCCCAGCCUCUCACCUCCUGUGGUCAGUGAAACCUCUGAGCUGACCUGAA